AUGGCAACGGAAGUGCCUAUGAGUGAUCUGGAGAAAAUUAUGGAUAAUAAUUCAUUUCUGGGUAAUAACCCUGGAGCAGUUAGAUUUGGAAAUUUUAUCAAUUAUUACUCUUUCCAUCCUCCAGAAUAUAGAAUUUCGUCAAUUUUUGAUGAUAUUUGGAAAGAAGGUGAUGCGUUGAUCUUGGAUAUUGGCUGUAACUCUGGUGAUUUGACACAGAAAUUAUAUGAAUAUCUUCAGAGCACUAAAGCACAAGCAUUGGAAAGUGAAGAAUGUUCCAAUGUUGCUAGUAAUUGCUUCAUUUUGGGCUUAGAUAUAGAUGCAAUAUUAAUAAAGAGAGCGAGAGAAAGCAAUAAAUUUCCAAAUAAUGUGUUCUACGAGUGUUCAGAUAUUAUGUCUGAUGAUUGUGAUAUAAAAGUUUUAGAAAUUAUGCAAAAAUUCAAUAAAAAGAGUUUUGAUGCAAUUUUGUGUUUUUCCAUAUCAAUGUGGAUUCAUCUCAAUAAUGGAGAUGAAGGUUUAAAGAAAUUUAUCAAUAAAAUAUGUUCAUGGACUGAUUGUGUUAUUAUUGAACCUCAGCCUUGGAAAUGUUACACUUCAGCAGUCAAAAGGUUGAAAAAGGCUGGUGGCAGUUUUCCUUUUUCUCCUUUUUCAGACUUAGCACUUGCUAGAAAUGUUGAAGUUGGCAUUAAUGAUAUUUUUAAUAUAAAUGAAUUUGUAAAAGAUUUUGAAACGAUACCAAGCAAUUGGUCUAGGAAAACCUAUUUGUAUCGCAGACAAAAUUGCUAAUAUAAUGAUAAAAUAAAUGUAUUUUAAGAGUAAUAAAUUAUUUAUGUAUGAAUAUAA